UUUGAAUACCAAAAGCAUACAGGGAAAAAAUUAAGUGAUAUAUUUUUAAUUUUUCUCUAUAUAGAUUACGUGAUGUAAAUUUUGUAAAGUCUCCGUAUCUAUCUUCUCUUGGUUAGUUAAUUAAAUUUUGUACUAGUUGCCAUUCAUCUUUUUUUACCCUCUGGUAAAUCCAAAAAGCCAGACAAGAACACGAAUAUGUCGAAUUCAACGGAUGAAACCCUAGAAGACGAGCGGGACGAUCACAACUCGUACCGGAGUCAGCAGGCCGAGCCGUCGCAGGCAUGGGAGACGAUGGCUCGGGCGUGGGUCAGUGCCUUCCCGGAGGCCAAGGCCGUGAGCCCCGGCGAAGUUGAGACGUGGAUCGGCUCGAACCUCGGCUAUCGGCUCGACCUCGGCUCUUUGCCGGCCGAUCUCCGCUCUAUGCCUCGGUCGGAGCUUAUCGAUCGUCUCCUCUCGAUCCAGCAUUACAUGAGACCGUCGUCGAAGCAGAGCGAGCAAAAAGAGACAGCAACAGGCCAACCGGAUCAUCAUCCUGCUAGGUUCCAACGGACCGACCAGUGGUUGCCAGUUUAUUCCUGGUUAGAAUCUUUGGAUCAUGACGAGUUGGUAAAAUCAAAAGACAUCAACAACUGGCUUGAUGCCAAUCCAGAGGUCAAAGAAGAGCUGUUUUCCAGGCAUUCCCGUUACCAUUUGACUCAUUACAUCAAGAAAUGUCAUCUCAAGAUACUUAAAAGGAAGGAGAAGAAGGGGUUAGUUCAGCUGAGCAAAGAAGUUCAUAAAGAUUUUGCCGAGAAACAGCCCAUGACGUUUUCUGUCGAUCCGCUGAGCAACAUACCAAAAGACAGUGAUCUGUACCGGACGAAACAGAAAGAAGCUCAACGCAGAUUUGAGAUCUUAGUAGAGCUCGAGAAGAGACUUGCUCCGCAUUUCUCUAGGCCUCGGAAUCAGAUAGCAAACAGAUGAAGCAAUCAAUGGAAGCAUAAACCAGAAGCUAGUUUCGGAACUUCCCUGUCGAUAGUCUUGUGUAAGAAUGUAAUCCCUUUAUGUUCUCAAGCUCAGUUUCUUGCAUUGUAGAAUCGAUCUGGAGGUCCUGAGGUGUCCAACACAGUUGGAACUUGGAACUAGUUCGACUCAGAUUUCAGAUUCAGAACUUUUCAUUUCUUAAAACCAGAAGGCCUUACAAACACUCGGCAUGUUUUUA